AUGUCUGAAGAUGACGUUGAAAGAUGGGCAAACGAAGCCAGGGAUAAAGAUAUACAUAUGUCUCCUAGUUGUUCAAGCUUUGAGGUUUUAGACCCUCAUGACCCAGUCCUUAGCCGCUUAGCAACCCAAUUGUUUAAACGUACCAAUGACUAUUUACAAGGUGAAAUGGCUGCAGGGCAGGAACAUUAUAUUCUCCUUGAAGAAAUAAAUAGACUGGCUAUCACUAAAUAUGCAGACCUCAGAAAUUUGGCAAUGAACUUGAGCAAAACUUUGAAUGAAUACAAUGAAAUGUAUAAUGAUCAAAUCACGCCAUUAUUGCAGCAAAUAGAUGACAUAGAUGCUCAAGUCUCACAGUUUGAAAUAAAUGCAUACCGGCUUGAUAGCUAUACUAAGCAGCUCAAAGCACGCUUUAAAGAACUUGAACUAAAUUAA